CUUUGAUUUGACAAUUUGCUUCUCUAUGCUUAAAAAUUAAUCAGUUUGCCAAAUUUGACAAAAAGACGCUGUAGCGUUCUUCUUCUGAAAGUUGUGUACGUCACUUGAAAUUCAGCUUCAGACCAAACGCUUAUAAGAAUCAAAAUUUUCUAGUCCUAUAACAAUGCGUGAGUGUCUUUCAAUUCAUGUGGGUCAAGCUGGAGCUCAAAUUGGCAAUUCAUGUUGGGAGCUGUAUUGUUUGGAGCAUGGCAUUCAACCUGAUGGAAUGAUUGUGAAUAAUACAAAAGGAAAGAAUGGAGGAGACACUUUCUCAACAUUUUUCAGUGAAACGAAUUCCGGAAAACAUGUUCCAAGGGCAAUUUUUGUGGAUUUGGAACCUACAGUUUUAGAUGAAAUUCGUGUGGGAAGCUAUAAAUCUUUAUUUAGCCCAGAAAUGCUCAUUAGUGGGAAAGAAGACGCUGCCAAUAACUAUGCAAGAGGACAUUACACCAUUGGCAAAGAGCUUGUUGAUAAAGUUUUGGAUAAAAUUAGAAAACAGGCAGAUCAAUGCACUGGCCUUCAAGGAUUCUUAAUAUUUCAUUCAUUUGGAGGUGGUACAGGUUCUGGUUUCACUUCAUUGCUCAUUGAACGACUAUCCAUUGAGUAUGGGAAAAAAUCAAAACUGCAAUUUGCCAUUUACCCUGCUCCCCAGAUCUCCACUGCCGUAGUCGAACCAUACAACUCUAUUCUUACAACUCAUACUACAAUGGAGCAUUCAGAUUGCUGUUUUAUGGUCGAUAAUGAAGCUAUUUAUGAUAUCUGCCGAAGAAAUCUGAGUAUUGAAAGGCCAACGUAUACCAAUCUCAAUCGUCUUAUCGGUCAGAUUGUCUCUUCAAUAACUGCAUCUCUACGUUUUGAUGGUGCACUAAAUGUAGAUCUUACAGAGUUCCAAACAAACCUGGUUCCUUAUCCGCGAAUUCAUUUCCCCCUUGCAACGUACGCCCCAGUCAUUUCUGCCGAGAAAGCCUAUCAUGAGCAAUUUUCAGUUGCUGAGAUCACAAAUGCAUGCUUUGAACCAGCCAAUCAGAUGGUGAAAUGUGAUCCACGUCACGGAAAAUACAUGGCAUGUUGUUUGUUGUAUCGUGGAGACGUUGUACCUAAAGAUGUAAACUCAGCCAUUUCUACAAUCAAGACAAAACGUACCAUUCAGUUUGUUGAUUGGUGUCCUACUGGUUUCAAAGUUGGUAUCAACUAUCAACCUCCUACUGUGGUACCAGAUGGUGAUCUUGCCAAAGUUCAACGAGCUGUUUGCAUGUUAAGCAAUACCACAGCCAUUUCAGAGGCAUGGGCCCGACUUGAUCAUAAAUUUGAUCUGAUGUACGCCAAGCGGGCCUUUGUUCACUGGUAUGUAGGUGAAGGCAUGGAAGAAGGCGAGUUCUCUGAAGCUCGAGAAGACUUGGCUGCUUUAGAGAAAGAUUAUGAAGAAGUUUUGGAAGAAAUUGACGGAGAAGAGAGUGAUAAAGAUGAAGAUUACUGAAUGAAAUAAUUUACUGUCUUUUGAAUGUUUAGCAAAAAUAAAAAUAAACAAAAAUUUAAGCUGAAGUAUACAUUUAAAUAGAGAUCGAAUGUUGUUAUCAAACAGCACAUCAAUUCUGUGGUUAAAUUGUCUUAAUUUAUGAUCAUAGCAUUUGGUCUCCAGUAGAAAAUCUAAUCAAAUAAAAUACUUUGAUAGUUUUCAAA